UGCCUAAAAUUACUUGGAGAUUUGACUUUAGUUCAAAAUGUACAUCCAGUGGAUAGUCCUGUUCGCCAGUUUUGGCCAGAUCUUUGCCGGAUGGACUCCAGAACGGAUUGUGGGAGGUCAAUCGGUGAAGAUUUCAUCCGUUCCCUGGCAGGCUUCCCUUCAGGUAUGGGGAGAACACGAUUGCGGAGCGGUCAUCUAUAGCAAGCAGGUCCUUAUUACGGCUGCUCACUGUGUCGUAGGCCGCCUUCCCUCCAUUCUGACUGUGAGAGUGGGAUCAUCGCUCUGGAACUCCGGAGGUCAACUGGUGAAUGUGUCCCAUUACAUUGCACACGAAAACUACCACUUGCCCGCAAAUGAAUCCAAUGACGUGGCCGUUAUUCGACUUCAAAAGCCUCUUAGAUUCAAUAAGAAUGUCAAACCCAUUCCACUGGCCACCACUUCACCAGCAUCCGGAUCUCUGGCAAUUGUUUCCGGAUGGGGAUCUACAGGUUGGCAAAUGGCGGGAUCUACAAACCUGCUCGUCGUCAAAUUGCCCAUUAUUGACUAUGAAAGCUGCUUGAAGACCGCAUACCAGGGUAUUACCGACGACAUGAUCUGUGCCGCAGCUCCGGGAAAAGAUUCCUGCUCCGGGGAUUCUGGAGGUCCUUUGGUCUUUGGUGAUCAGCUCGUGGGCAUUGUGUCCUUUGGACGUGACUGUGCUCAUCCCACAUAUCCAGGAGUUUAUGCUGAUGUGGCUAAGCUUAGGCCUUGGCUCCUGCAGGCAAUUAAAAGAAUUCAACAAGCCAAGCAGCACAUUAAAUGAUUUUUGAGAGGUUAAAUUUCAUUUUUUCCAGUCUCAACUAAG